CAAGGAACGGAGGUAGUAGGAGUUCGUAAUAGAUUUUGGUCUUCAUUUUACCCACCUUCUCCAUCCAUACAUCGGCAAAAUGAUGCUUUCUCGAAUUGGGCGUUCAUUCUCCAGAUCUUCUCGCUCCUCGCUCUUCAAUUCAACCCUUGGGUGUGAUGGAUAUGGAGCAAGAAUGGCAGGGAUUGCAAAUCAAUCGGGUGGAAUCGCACCAAGCAACACUGAACAAGGGUUAGGGUUUCUUAAUGCGUAUUUUUCAUCAAUUGGUGCUGCUGGAAAACAGUCAGGUCCUUCGUUUUUGCCUGCUUCUCGCCCCGGUUUCGCAAAUUAUAGCUUUGCCAGGUUCUUAUCCAGUGAUAUCACUAACAAAUUAGAUAAUGAGAUAAAGGGUGGAAAGGGAGAAGUUAAUGUUGAUGAUCAUAAGAAUGUCCUUCGCCCAUUAUCUCCUCAUCUUCUCAUUUACCGGCCACAAUCUAAUUCCACCUUGUCGAUUUUGCAUAGAGUAUCUGGAAUGUACCUCACGGGUGCAUAUCUGUUAUUCUCCCUUGCUUAUAUGAAGAUGGGUUCUAUUUGCUUCACCUAUCCAAGUUUUUACCAGGCGGUCUUUUAUUCUUCAAAGCUCCAUUUGAUAUCUCUUGAGAUUGCUGCCCUCGCCUUUUCCUAUUACGUUUAUCAUGGAAUUCGUCAUAGGUCGCUGGAUGGGGUCCGACAGAUUCUGGUUGAUUAUGUUCACCAUGGAGUUACCCGGAAUUAUAUCUUGGUCUUAUGGAGCUUGUUCCUUAUAAUCGUACUCAAGGAUUCUUUUGUGUAUCUCACCCCUUUAAACUAAAUUUACGUUCAACUUUAGAAGAAACACCUGCCAUGAGAGGAACUCAGCAACAUUUUACUGAAUUCAAAUUACAAAAAGAGGAAUGGAUGAAAUUAUAAUUGUGUCGAAUCCCUUUGACAGUUUUAGAUUUAAUUUUCUAUUCCAACUAGAGAACAACAUUAGUCUAGUGAAAUGACUGGUUGUUCAAAACUCAAAUAAAAUAAUUUUGAGUUCUUAUGCAGCA